CAUAUCAUACCAUAAUUACCAUUCUAAUUAAUUACUUUAUUCAUAAGAAGAAGAAAUAUGGGAGCAGAGAUAUCUAGCAUGCAACAGAGAAUUGGUUCAUCUACUAAACCACCACCACCCUUGCCUACGCCGGUUGCUCGUCGAACAGGUUCGGUUCAUUCAUUCGACCGUAAAGUGGUGGUGGGGCCACCAACCGCCGGUCAGGUUCAUCCAUUGCCACCAGCCGCCAGCCAGGUUCCUCGAUUGCCACCAGCCGCGGGUCAGGUUCUUACCUUUCACACUCCGGCCAAAUGGAAGGCACACUUUGAAGCCUCCAAAACAAAUCAAAAGUUGAUGGUGAUAAACUUCACAGCUUCAUGGUGUUCACCAUGCCAAAACAUGAUUCCAGUAAUUUCCGAAUUUUCCACUCGAUACACCGAUGUCGAGUUCGUCAAGAUUGACGUCGACGAACUUAUGAAUGUGGCAAUGGAGUUUGGGGUGCAGACAAUGCCAACAUUUAUAUUGAUGAAGAAAGGAAAAAUUGUUGAUAUGGUCACAGGUGCCAAAAAAGAAGAACUUCGGAACAAAAUUGACAAAAACCGCAAUAUUCUCUAUUCUAAAAUUAUGGGCUAGAUCUCAUCUUGCUCGCUCUAGAUGCAUAUAUGCGAAUAAAUAAAUCAAAUAAAUGAAAUAUAUUGUAGAUGAUCAUAUAUAAUAAAUAAU